AUGGAUACUCCUUUUAUUCAAUAUGUUAAGAAGGUGUUUGACUCUUGGACUGCCCUUCGCAUCGCCGACCAACAAUCUACUGCAGGACGAAAUACAAAGGCACAUAUUCAAGCCCUUAUUCCCUUUAUAAAUCAGAACUUGAAUAAACAAACUGAUCAAUUUGAAUUAGCUGGAUGGUUGGAGGACUACCUCUCUGAGAACCUAAAUUUAGAAUUGGAAGAUGACAGCCAAGAUACUGUCGCCGGACUCAUCAUGGAAGCCUAUGCCCUACAUCAGGCCGGAAAGAAUAGGGAAAUCCUAGAGAUGAUCAGCAAAAUCCCCACUGGUUGCGAUCUCUCCCAAUGUCAAUCUCAAGAAGUCAACUGCGAAGUUGACGAUGGCGAUAUUUCUGAAGAAGACGAUGGUACUGCAGAUGAAGACGAUCUUUCUGAUGACAAUUAG